GUAAAAAGCAACGGACGAAGGAACAAACACAUACGAUCUUCGACGCUUCUCUCGGAUUGUAAAUUUGCUGCAGGUACAUCACAUCUUAACAAAUAAAACACAUAUUUAUAUUGCUUUAGUCUUUCAGACUCUGAUGCUUCUAUGCUCACCCUCUUUAAAGCGUGCACGCGUGUGGAUGUUUGGGCACGAGCGCAGGGCGAUUGAACUGCGUCGUGAAAACUCGAUAGCGUAGUGUUUGUGUGUUGUUGUUGAGAAUAUAGGCUAUUAUUUACUCUGCUGACGUCAGGUCACGCGUGUUCACGACCUAUAAACCUUUAAUUAUGAAUGACAGAAAAAUGCGACGAUCUGUCAAACUAAUGAGCGCGUGACGUGUGACUGACACGUGCUAUCAGAUGCGAGUUAUUUAUUAACGUUGAUAUGAAUAUUUAAGUGUCUGCUAUUUUACUUUUAUAAUAAACGUUGACUUCUUUGCAGUUUGCUUCAAUAUCCCUGCAGUGUAACAGAUUAAUUUGAUAAAAAUAUAUUUGAUGUAGCCUGUCUGUUGAUGUUUUAAGAUCUAGCAGGAUGAUUUCUUAAGGGUGAAUACAGGUUAACUGGUUAAGCAUUUAGUACUAGUAGUAUUGGAUGACAUGAAUGUAUUUGGAUCAUAUUUAGAAAAAGCAGGAAUUAGAAGUCCGGUUAACUUCAUCUGUACAGGUACGAGCACUCCCAUGAUGCACUGCGACUGAUCUAAUCCACUCAAUCAAUCAAUAACUCAUUAUCAAACCAUUUAUAGAUCUGUUCAGUUUAAAAUCUUUUGCAAUAAACUUCACAUAGAUUGAUAUUUACAAUGACUGAUUAUAAGUACACACAGUUUAUCUUUGUCAAAAAUGUUUGUAAUGUUGUGGCUGAUCUCAGACCUGGCUGAUUUAGAGAAAUCUUUAUUGAAGAAGUUGAAAUUCCUGACAAGAGAAAACCAAAUGUGUUGAAGAUGCAGACAGAUCCUCUCUGGAGUUUGUAAAGACUUACAGAUAUCUGGAACUUUUGAGUUUGAUGAGAAACUGGACUGGACCACUAACACAGACAGGAGACGACCGAGCCGCUUGUACUUCAUCAGAUGGUUUGCAUCCUUAAGCGUCUCCAAAAAUCUGCAGCUGAUGUUCUGUCAGGGUGGUAGGGCCGUCUGGGGAGGCAGCGUCAGGAAGAGAGACGCUUCACGUCUGGACGAGCUGGUGGGGAAGGCGGGUUCUGAUGUGGGCACAGAGCUGGACAGCCUGGCAUCUGUGGCAGAGCGAUGACCGGUGCCCGCCCGGCGCCCAAUCGUGGGCAAUCCACUGCAUGACAUCAUCUCCAGGCAGACGAGCGGCUUCAGUGACGGGCUGCUUUCUCUGCCCUGCUCCACGGACAGACUCAGGAGGUCUUCCCGGGAAUCAUGUGAUGACCCACGCUCGGGAUAAAGGUUCCCUCGACAGGUAUCACGGUGAGAGGCGGGACCAUGUAAAGGGAUGGUCACAUGGUGAAACUGUGGGCGGAGCCUGGCCUGCACGAUUAUUGCGAGUGGGCAAGACAAAGAGAAACGUGAUGAAAAAGGUCAAGACCAGUGCUCUGGAGCAUGUGCAAACAUGGACACAAUAUAAAGGCGGGAGUCAACGUGUGUCAGAACCUUCCAUGAAAAUGGUUAAGAAGGACGAAUCCAAGAGAAGCAAAUGUAAAAUGUUGAGGAAGCAGCGGGGCGAGCGGAAGCGGAAACACUACCCGUUACGCAGACGGGGCGGCAGUGAGACCGAGGCUUUGAGUUGCCAUGUCCUGCUCACACGUCUUGGUGACUUGGAGGAAUGCAAUAGAAACAAAGUUUUAAAGCGCAGAAGAAUUCUGAAAGCCAACAAGAAAACGACAGAAAACAGGGAAACACUCGACACCAAAGCAGACAAACCUUUAGCUCAGGAGCCACGAAAACGUCGACUAGCUUCUCUCAACGCUGAGGCUGUCAACAGUCUGCUGCUGGAGAAAACUGUGGGCAAACUCGCUAAGAAACGAGCGGAUAGUGUGACCGCUCCGAUUAAUACAAAAACUCACCCGAACUUAAAACGGGGCUCUGAGACUUGCGAGAAAGUUAAGGCACAAGAGAAGAAUGUGAGCGAACCGAUUCUGUUUGCUCCUACACCCAAACGUCUGGCUGGACUCAAUGCCACCGCUCUGAUGAAGCUCACCAGCUCGAUUACAGGAAAUAAACAGAGAUUAAAAGCGGACAAUAAGGGAGUUUGUGGUGUGCACGACAAGACCAAGGCACAAAAGUCUAAGAGACCCAGCUUGAAAAAACCUGUAGUGAAAGGAGGCUGUGAGGUUUGCAAAAGCAGAAGCCUCGAGUCGAAACCGAAGUUUGAAGGCUCUCCGGAAAGUCGGCCUUUAACCGAAUCGGGGUAUCGGUCCUGUAGCAUGCUGGGAUAUCCCCUAAAAGUCAUCAAAGAGGAACGGGUGGAAACGGAGCUGAGUCCUUACUAUUGCUGUCCUCCGGAAGGUUCAGUGGAGUACUGUCACAGGUUGGCGCUGUUCCUUGGCCAAAAGGCGUACGGCAAGGCCGAGGAGCACCCCGUCACUUCUGUCAAGCGCGAAUGUCUGGUUUCUCCCCCCGCGCUGACACAUCCGACCCUGACCCUCAGUGCUCAUCCGUGUCUGUGUGCGGAUCCGUGUUACUCUAGUUACCUCGUCCGUAUCGCUCACCCCGGACCGCCGACGGCGAGUUUAAGUGCCCGAUCAUUACCUUGCACGCACAGUCCCUUUUGUCCACAAGGAGUUUCUGGAGCAAAGUUGUUGCCUCCGUCUGUGUCACAUGCCUCAGGUAUCCCACAUUCUGCCUUCUGUAAUUCAGUAGGGUCGCCGUGCUGCCAUGAGGCCUGUAGGAUGAACAGGUGCACCUUCAGAGCCAUUCAACCAAUCGCCAGCAGGACGUGCUCGUACUCCAACAGCUGCUCACACUGUAGCCAUACGAUUAAAUCAGAAGGUUAUUCCUCAUCUGAAGAGAAACCGAGUCAUGGGUUACUGAUGUCUCCAGCCCUGACGCUCUCCAGCGCAUCCACACUAAAGACUUCAUCAGCAGGUGCGCCGCGUCUCCUACCCACGCUGUCCGAGCGGAGACAUCCUGAAGGCAGACUGAAAACGGGCAAUGAAUGCCCUGGAAACGCCAAACAGCCGAAUGGGUCGCUCGCCACGGGCCAGACGAGAUUAUCCAACAAACAACCGGCACCCGGUCCGAAAGGUGCCAAACAGAAGAAAGCGAAUGGUCGGCGGGUCACGAACGGGUGGCGUCCUGUCGGAGUCCCCACAGAAAAAGAGGUCUUCAUUGCCGGUGACGAUGAGACCGUAUUUCGUCAGUGUUAUGAGGGAGUGGAGCGUGACGGGGAAGUGAUCCGGGUGAGAGACACUGUGCUGCUGCGAUCUGGACCCCGAAAGAAAUCCCUGCCGUAUGUGGCCAAGAUUUCAUCUCUAUGGGAGGAUCCUGAAACAGGAGAACUGAUGAUGAGUCUCUUCUGGUAUUAUCGACCUGAGCACACUCAAGGAGGCAGAGAUCCCAGCAUGCACUGCGAGAAUGAGAUAUUUGCCUCUCGACAUCAAGACGAGAACAGCGUGGCGUGUAUAGAGGACAGAUGCUAUGUUCUGCCAUUAGCACAAUACUGCAGAUUUUGUGCCUUGGUGAAACGCCGAUCGGAGGGCGUGUCCGGUGACAUCUCGGUGGUGCCUGACCCCUCUGAUAGCUUUACCCCACCUCAACGCCUCGUGCCCGAUGACGUGGACCCGGAUCUGGUGUAUCUGUGCCGCCACGUCUAUGACUUCAGAUACGGACGCAUCUUAAAGAACCUGCAGUAAAGUUUGUUUCUGCGGUGGAAAUAGAUGAACGACUCUGUGACAGCACUUGACACGACAUGACAAGACCUGAAGGUUGCCAAUGGAAGAACGUCCCUGUAAAUCCCAGGGAAACAGGAAUAAGACCAGACCGUACCGGAUGAGCUGUUCGUACCUCUGGUCCGAUGAGAUGUUGGGGUGACAACGGCUGCGUUUCUUCUUGAAAGAGUCAUAUGAAGGAUGAAUAUCAGCUAGCUAAAGGUUUGUUUAAUUCAGUCUCGUACACUGGACUGACUCACUGCUGAGGGAUCUUAAACUCUGCCGCACGUUUACUUGAGAGAAUAAAAGCUGUGGAGUCCAGACCAAAGCCAAACACAAGACCAACAAGUUUGUCCAUUUUUAUUUUUAUUUUUUUUAAGAAAUUAAUUCAGACAAAAUGUUGAAUUUAUUUAAGAAUUCGUUUCCAACCCUAAAGCUAAAUGUGGUUCUUAUUUUUUAGCUGUAGUGGCAGACUUUGGAAGUGAACAGAUGAUGUCCUAGUUGCACAUUUGAAAAGAUUUUUAUCAUUGUACCGUUUCCUCCUGCAUCAAGCUGCCCUUAGAGAAAAUGCACUAUUAUAUUUCUUGCUUUAUUUUUCAUCUAGAUCACUUCUUCACUUAGAACAACAGAUCAAAUAUUCAAGAGGAAUUCCUUUUUUCAUGCUCAUUUUAAUUUAACAUUUGUGACCCUGCCUGUGAAACCCCGAUCUAAUCAUGAGAUUUACAGCGUCAAAGUAGUUAUGACCAUAAUAAUGACCAAAAGAUGUUAAAAACUAAGCCUUUUAUAUACAAUAUUUAAACUUUUAUUUAUAAUAUGGAAAAUAAGAAAUGGAUGAUUUUAUCGACACUACACAUUAUUAUUAUUAUUAUUCAUUGAAAAACUAUGAUCGUCUCACUUUAGGCACAGAAACACCUGAUGAUUUUUCUAUUAUUAUAUCAUAUUACUAGGACGUGAAAAUUAACCAUAAUAUUAAAUCGCACGAGCGAAAACUGGGUCAGUGCCGGGCAAAGCUUAAAUAUUGUGGUGGGUUCUUUUUUUGCAGCAGAUCUCCAAAAUUCCAGUAACACUUCCAGAAGACCAUGUGUUUUACAUGUCUUUAAGAGUUAUUACGACAAAUGAAAGCAGAUAUUCUCCUGUUAUCAGUGAUAUGUGACACAUUGAAAGGCAAAUUAUGGUUCAGUUGUGAUGCAGUGUUAAAAAUAAGACUGCAUUUAAAUGAGAAUUUCUGAAAAACAUGAUUUUUUUCUGAGGCAGAAAUUCUUUGCCAUGAUCUUAUUCAGUCAAUAUUAAAGAUAUCAAGAUGAUAUUUUCACCAAAUGUCCUUUUCAUUAUAUUGAAUGAUUUAAUGUAAAAUAAAGUAAAUGACUUAAGCUGGGUUUUCACAGGUGAGGUCAAAUUUAGUUUAGAGUUGAAAUAGAUGAACAAGAAACAACUUUUAAAGUUUCACAGAUUUAUUAACAUGGAUGAAUUUUGUGCAUUUGCUUUUUGAUUUCGAUUUCCUCUGAAAAAUUACAAUUAUUAAAAUGAAUUGCACCUUCCUAUAGGCUUUAAAGUGAAUUUCCCUGUUUAAUUUCACGAUAACUGUGCGAGCGUCAUCAGGUAAGAGCUUCAGACAUGGAGUUGUAUGUUUCUCCAUGUUUGUCAUCUUUCAUUACGUUCGUUUACAAGAUGCUGAACUUGAGUUCAAAUGUUCGAUUUGUCCAUCGCUGUUUUUUAGGGUCUUUUUAUAAAGCUGAUGGUGUGGCUUAAAUCAUUUUCUAGAACUUAAAUAAGCAGAUUAACUUUAGAUAAACAGUAGAAGCAAAAACCUCUUCAGACUUGAGUUUUGUAAUUGUUGCCAAGCUCUGGCUUUCUCGUUUUCAUUUCUUCUGCAUAGAAAGAUAUUUUAUCAUCUCUGUUUGUAAAGUUGAGAAAUGCAGUUCUAUAUUUUUAGGAGUAUUUUUUUGAGACCAGAAGCUGUUUAACGUGAUUUCAUUUCAGUUUGGACUGUUUAUAUUUUAUGAUAUCAGAGUUUUAUGUGUCUGAGAGACUUUGAGUUUGUAAGUAAAUGUCUGUAGAAAUGGGAGGAAACACAAAUGCCAUCUUUUAAUCGAGCUUCUAAAGUCUUGCACAGUGCAUUUAUAAUCCUUUUCAGAUUUCUUAUUGUAUUUAAAGAAAUUAUUUAAAAUGGAGUAUAAAAGUAUAUAAAUAUAUAUAUAUAUAUAUAUUUCAAGUCCUCUUAGUUAAAAAUGUUUUGAAGUGCUGUGCAAUGUUGUGGUACAUAAAUGCAGUUAGUUUUUUAUGAUUAUUAUCAAAUGAUAAAGUUUUAAUGAAGUCUUCAGAAAUAUCUGUUAAGAAUUUCAAUUCUGAGUUGUUGAUGUCCUGAGACUCAGACCAAAGUUCAAAAUUUGCAUAUAUCAAAAGUUGCAUAUAUCAAACAAAAUCCAGAGCCUAUAGCCGGUCAAUGGCGUUUAAAGGAAAUGUUGAAUACCUUCAUGUAUUUCAGUCUCUUUCAGAUAAGAUGAAGACAUGUAUGUGAUAAAUGUGUCUGGAUAGAGAUGUUUGACACUGCUUAUACAGGGAAUGUCUCUCUUUAUCUCUCGCUCGCUUGCUUGUGUUCUCUCUCUCUCUUUAUCUCUCGCUCACUUGUUGUCUCUCUCUCUCUCUCUUUGUUAUUUGCUAUUAUUUUAAGUUUGUAUUUUUUGUUGAUUCAGAUGUUUUUUUAUGUUUUUUACUCUUCAAUUCUUCAGAUUUUCCACACUUUUUGUGUGGUGUUUAUUAUCAACACAGUGAUUUUAUAUGGAGUUUCAUGAGGUUUAUUGUCAUUGGUUAAAUUCCAGAUGAUUCCAAUGAGAGACCACAUUAGUUCUGAUCUAGAGUUAGACCUGACUAGUCUUCACCUCAGAUCUCAAGACAUCUUAAGACAGAAUUGUGUGACAGGACUGAGUAAAGAUGUUGGAUGUGUUUCUGUCAAAGGGCUUUUAUUCUCCUGCUGAUCUUUAGGACUGUGAGAUAUUUUUCAUGCAUUCAUGUCAUGAAUUUGUCCCAGUUCUGGCUGACACAAUGCACUUUUUUAUCCGGUGCAUCUAUUUUAAUAGAUUGGUGAGAUUAUAGAGAGUAUAUAUUGAAAGAGGAAAAACGGUUUAUCGAGUAAUGUGUAUUAUUAUUUUUUUUGGUCCCAUUUUUCUUUUUCAAGACAUGAAUCCCUGCUGAUUAUUGUUCAAUAAAAGAGUAUUUAUAAAGUCUUUGGUGAAAACAGA